AUGUUACGCCAUUUGCAAGUAAAAAAAAGGUUUAGAAUCGGUAAGGGCAGUGAGAUAUUAAUCCACAAUCAAGGAGAUGCCUGACCAAUCUACACAAGAUUAUGGUAAAAGUCCUGGAAAAGGAAAAUGUUUUUUUAUGCGAAAAGUGCGAAGAAAAUUUGUGAAUUUAGGUUCAAUGGCAGGGAGAUGGGCAAAAAUCAAAUCAAAGAAAUGUUGUCAAUCAGAUGAGGAUCUCGCUCGACUUUUGAUCAAAAGCUUGUAUAAGCUUGAUCAUCAAAGUAGGUUUGGAGGUCACAUUUCCAGAUUUUGGAAGAAAAGAAUCAUACCAAAACAUGGGAGUCAUAGGAUAAUAACGCUACAAAAUGAUGUAUGGGCGCUUUGGAGAGAACUGAAAUGUGCACUUAACGUUAAUUCUAACAGUCAACUUGCAAAUAUGUUGAUCAAUGCAUGGUAUGACAGAGCCGACUACAUACAGAAACUUUGUGAUGUCCAUAAAGCUAGUCAACAGGCUCCAAUAAAUGAGACCCAAGUGAUUGAGGUUGUGAAGAAGGAAGCUGGUGUGGCUGAAGCACCUUUGAAUGAGACCUCAAUGCAUUUGAAUCUUGUGGAAAGUUCCCAUGUUAAUGAGGCUUUCAUAAAUGAGACAUCCAUGAAUAGGCACCUUGUGGAAGAUGCUUCAGUUGAUAAGGCUUCUGUAACCGAGGGCUUUAGGAAAACAUGUAAUCAUCUUGUAGAAGAUGCCCCUGUGAAACAUGCUUCUGUGAGUAACACCUCAAGGUAUAAUUACCUUGUGAAAGAUGCCCCUGUAAAUGACACUUCUAGGAAUAACACCUUCAGGAAUAAGUAUCUUGUUGGAAAUGCUUCUGUGAAUAAGGCUCUUGUUGAAGAUGCUUAUGCAAGAAAGGCUCCUGCGCCUGUGAAUGAGGCUCCUGUGACUGAGGCCUUUAGGAAUAAGUUUCUUGUGGAAGAUGCUUCUGUGAAUGAGAUUCCUGACCCUUUGAAAGAGGCCCUAGUGAAGCAAGAAAUAAUGACAGAUCAAUCAGACAAGAUUAGCAGUGAACCAUGUAGAGAAGUGUCGCCAGAAAUUACAUGUCCAAAUGUGAAAGAAGAAUGUGUUAGUGAGCAAGAAGAAUGUGUUAGUGAGGAAUCAGAGUCUGACACAGAAAUUGAAGAUAUAAUGAAUUACCUUAAAGCUGAUAAGAAAAUGAUCAAGAUAACUGAAGAUUCUACUUCUACUGAAGAUAAUGCAGAUAUAGGAAACAGAAGGAGAAGCUCAAGAGUUCAGUCACGGGGUUACAGGCCUAAUUAUGCAACCUUGGAUUGGAUAGAUAACCAUGAGAAAAAUGUGGUUACAAUGGAGGAGAUACAGAAAAAUGUAAGAAGAAAGUCUACUUUUCUCACUGAAACUGUAGUGACAGAAGAUGAUGAAUUUCAAAAUGAUUUUAAAAGUAAAAAAAUUGGUAAAAGAACAGUAAAAGAUCUUGAUUUUUUUCCUGAUGAUAUUGACAAUGUUAAAGAUUUUAAUGAAAGUGAUAAUAGUUCUGAAACUGAUGAAGAGGAAAGCUACAUACUGGGGAAUGAAGGUGAUUGCUUGACUGAAAGUAAGACAUCAAAUAAAGAUAUGGAUAAGAGAAAAAGAAAAAUCAGUAAUUCAGUUGAUAAAAAUUGUAAGAAAAGGAAAAAGCCAUGGGUUCACAUAAAAUUAGAAGAGCAUCAGGACAAAUACAGUAUAGAAAUUGUCAAAUCAUUUGCAAGAAAAGAUCGUAAUGUUGAUUUAACAGAAGAAUUGUUCAAGUGUUUAGUAUGUGGCAAUUUCAAGUCUACAGCAAAAGAUUAUUUUGAGGCACAUAUUGAAAAACAUGUGAAUAAGGUCUUGGAAUGUGACAAAUGUUCUUAUGUUGGUUACUCUGAAUCAGUGUUAUUGAAGCAUAAGUUAUCUGUAGGUCAUGUAACAAGAAGAAACAAGUUUAUGUGUGAAAUAUGUGGACUAGCUCUAUACACAUCAGAAGCUAGAUUGUCACAUAUUGGAAAGGAGCAUGGCGACCCUCAGUUUCAAUGUAGGUUCUGUGAUGAGAAGUUUGCUACAUAUGGUAGAAGACACUGGCACCAUAGAACAGUACAUUCUGACCACGUCAAAUAUUGCUUCAACUGUGAAACUGAUUACAGACACUUAAGUUUGGAAGAAUUUAAAGAUCACCAAAGUUCUUGCAAGGUUUCACGUCAAUGCCAGGUUUGUGGUGUAUUCCUGGCAUCAAAGAGUGGAUUAAACAGACAUAUAAAACUUACACACAUGAAUGAGAGAAAAUACCAGUGUUCUACAUGCCCUUAUUCUGCCAAAAUGGCUAAAAGCCUUAGACAACAUGAAUUGAGUCAUAGAAGUGAUCAUCAAUUUUUUUGUGACAAAUGUACAUUUUCAUGUGUUCAAAGAUACCAGCUAAAGUCUCACAUGAGAACACAUACUGGGGAGAAGCCAUAUAAGUGUUCACAAUGCAAGUUUGCAGCUGCAUGGAAUGUUCAGCUAAAGGAACACGCCAAAGUUCAUGGAAUGGAAAACACAGUGGCAUGUUCACAUUGUGAUAUUGUUUUUCGUAACCAAAAAGCUUUAAAAAUGCAUGACAAAAAAGAUCAUCCUGAAAUUCAAUCAAAAAACGCGACGAUAGUUUAUGUUCAUACUUGUGUUUAGUUUGUACAACAGGCUUCUUGAUGAAUAAGUUUUGAACAUAAAUUAGGGAUAAUAUGUUUGCCAGAAUGACAAGGUGAUUAUUGAGCAUGAUGUUUUAAGAUCAGAGAUAUACAUACAAUAUAAAUAAUACAGCUCCAUGUGAAAAUGUACAGAAAUAUUUUCAUGUAAAAUAAAAGAUAAAAAAAA